AUGUGUAGUGUGGGGCCGCAGGAGGGCAAUCCACCUGCCCACAUCUGUAGUGUGGGGCCACAGGAGGGCAGCCCACCUGCCCACAUCUGUAGUGUGGGGCCACACGAGGGCAGCCCACCUGCCCACAUCUGUAGUGUGGGGCCACACGAGGUUGCAAGGACACAACUCACAUGGUGGAUACGCAAUCCUGGUCCACAGUCAGCAGGCUCGGAGCUGACCCGGGCAACACCUGGUCCACAGUCAGCAGGCUCGGAGCUGACCCGGGCAACACCUGGUCCACAGUCAGCAGGCUCGGAGCUGACCCAGGCAGCACCUGGUCCACAGUCAGCAGGCUCGGAGCUGACCCAGGCAACACCUGGUCCACAGUCAGCAGGCUCGGAGCUGACCCAGGCAACACCUGGUCCACAGUCAGCAGGCUCGGAGCUGACCCAGGCAGCACCUGGUCCACAGUCAGCAGGCUCGGAGCUGACCCAGGCAACACCUGGUCCACAGUCAGCAGGCUCGGAGCUGACCCAGGCAACACCUGGUCCACAGUCAGCAGGCUCGGAGCUGACCCAGGCAACACCUGGUCCACAGUCAGCAGGCUCGGAGCUGACCCAGGCAACACCUGGUCCACAGUCAGCAGGCUCGGAGCUGACCCAGGCAACACCUGGUCCACAGUCAGCAGGCUCGGAGCUGACCCAGGCAACACCUGGUCCACAGUCAGCAGGCUCGGAGCUGACCCAGGCAGCACCUGGUCCACAGUCAGCAGGCUCGGAGCUCGGAGCUCGGAGCUGA